GAUAUAGACUAACAGCAGAUGCACGUCACGUCCGUAUCAAAAACGGCGACGUUUACCGUUCUCAGUCCCGCCCUGUGUCUGCGACUCUCUCUUCUGUGUGCUUGGCUAAGCGUUAGACUCAGACCUCCAGCCGAGCAACACCAGGGCGAGAUUUCAAUUUUCUGGAUAGAUCACCAAUUCUCCAUCUCCCAAAACGGUUGAAACUUGAAACCAAGCGUUAACAAUGUCGACGGAGGUUGAGGCUCAAAUGGAAGAGAAAUCCAAGCCGCAGAAGCACGGAGGCAAUGGCAAUGGAGAUCUCGCGUUGGGGAAUGGCGGCCCGGGCUCGAGCGAUGCUCAUGAUCAGCUUGUUCAGAUGGUCAUGGAGCUCAAAUUGCAGAACGAAUUCCUGAAGUCUCAGUUCGAAGGAUUUCAGAAUUUCCAACAAACAGAGCCGAGUGAGACGGAAGGCGGUAAAUCUGAAGAGGUGGAGCAACUGCGUCAAACGAUUGAAUCGUUGAAUGUGGAGCUUUUGGAAGAGAAACAAACACGAGCUGCAGCUGAAGUGGCUUUGAAGCAUCUUCGGGAAGCACACUCGGAAGCAGAUUCUAAAGCUCAAGAGCUCUCUGCAAAGCUCGCUGAAGCUCAACAGAAGUUGGAUCAAGAAAUUAAAGAACGGGAAGAGAAGUAUUCUGAUCUCGACUUGAAAUUCACCAGGCUUCAUAAACGAGCAAAACAGCGUAUUCAAGAUGUUCAAAAGGAAAAAGAUGACCUCGAGGUUCGAUUUCGUGAAGUAAAUGAAGCUUCUGAGCGAGCGUUGUCCCAACAGUCAGCAUUGCAGCAAGAGCUGGAUAGAACAAGGCAACAAGCAAAUGAUGCACUGAAAGCAAUUGAUGCAGAGAGGCAACAACUAAGAAGUGCAAACAAUAAACUACGAGACAACAUUGAGGAAUUACGGCACCAAUUGCAACCAAAGGAGACUGCUAUUGAGGCAUUACAACAUACAAUUUUGGAGAAGGAACAGAUGUUGGAAGACAUGCGAGGGUUGCUGCAGGCUGCUGAUGAAAAAAGGCAAGCUUCAAUAGCUGAACUCUCUGCUAAACAUCAGAAGAAUUUGGAGAGUUUGGAAGCCCAGCUUGCUGAUGCGUCAUCUGAUAGAAAUAAAGCAACUGAAACUAUUUCUUCACUGCAGAUGCUAGUUGCAGAGAAAGAGUCUAAGAUUGCAGAGAUGGAAGCAGCAUCAACGGGUGAGGCAGCAAGGCUUAGAGCGGCUGGGGAAACUCUAAAAGGAGACCUUACUCACUUGAAACAUGAGCAUGAGAAAGAAAAGGAAAGCUGGGAAGCCUCCUCCCGGGCACUGAACACGAAGCUUCAAAUUGCUGAGAGCAACCGGAUAUGUGCUGAAAUUGAAGUAGCCAAAAUGAGAAGCCAGCUGGAAUCAGAGGUGUCUGCAAAAACACGAAUGCUUGAUGCUAGAGAUGCUGAACUUGCAGCUGUCAAGAAUGAGAUCAACCGCCUUGAACGUGAGUUUUCUUCUUACAAAAGCCGUGCUCAUGCACUUCUCCAGAAGAAGGAUGCAGAGCUAGCUGGAGUUAAAGACUCCGAACAAGUCAAAGCUCUUGAGGAAGCACUAAAAGAGGCUGAAAAGGAAGUAUCUUUUGUGUGUGCUGAAAGGGAUAAGGCCAUUCAAGAUCUUCAGGAUGCCUUGGCUAAUCAUUACAAAGAAAUAGAAGAAAGAGAUGCUGCUCUUAACGACACCUUGCAGCAGAUCAAGAGCUUAGAAUCAAUGCUUGCAUCUGCUAAUACUCAUCACCGAUCAGCAAAAGAAGCAUGGGAAGUGAACCUUAAGAGUUUGGAAGAAACAUGGCGGGUAAGAUGUGACACACUGAGAGCUCAAAAUGAAGCAUCUUCUGGAGAAGAUAUAAAAACAGAAUUGGAAGAGCUCAAAUUACGGUAUAAAAAAUUGAAGGAGGAGCACAGUUCAUUUCGUGAUCUUGCUGAUAGAAUGAUUGAGGAGAAGGACAAAGAAAUUUCUAGACUUGAAGAUGAUAGCAAGAAACUUCAUCAAUCAUUGGACUCAAGACCACGAGUUGAUCAUAACGAUAAUUAUAACACAGGCAUGUAUAAACAGGACGCAUCAAGUAUAAGCAACUCUGCUGCAGAACAGCAGAUUCUGAUUUUGGCAAGGCAACAAGCCCAAAGAGAGGAAGAACUAGCACAGUCACAGCGGCACAUUUUAGCGCUUCAAGAGGAAAUUGAGGAGCUGGAGCGCGAGAAUCGGCUGCAUAACCAGCAGGAAUCUAUGUUGAAGGCUGAGCUUCGCAACAUGGAAAGAACGCAGAAGAGGGAAGGAGUAGAUAUGACGUACCUGAAAAAUGUAAUCUUAAAGCUUCUUGAAACAGGUGAAGUGGAGGCCCUAUUACCUGUAGUUGGUAUGCUUCUUCAAUUUAGUCCAGACGAGAUGCAGAAGUGUCAACUAGCGUACCGAGCAUCCGGAGAUGUUCCUCCUAGCCCAGCUAUUGAUGCUUCAGGAUCAGCGACUUCUCUUUUCUCAAGAUUCUCAUUUUCAUAACCACGGAAGUGAAGAUUGUAGAGAAUUCUUUGCAGGGAAACUAGCUGCUCCAGCUAACCAACUGCUUGCCGCCAGAUUCAAAGGUGGAGGGUGCGGUCAUAGUAAAUCUUGUAUUCCUUUGUAACGGCGAACCAUUGUUUAUCAACACUGUCCAGAAAAUGUAAAGUACGACAGAGCCAUUAUACAUCACGAAGAGAGAGAGAGAGAGAGAGAGAGAGAGAGAGUGAACAUUUUGGCCGGGCUCUGGGAGGAACCCCCCUCCUCGCCAUUUAUUGUAGAGUGUAACAACAAAACAGCACCGAUGUGAUUUUGGAGAUUUAUAUUGGGACAGCACAACAGCACCUGUCAGAAAUUUGAAGGCGCGUUUUUAGCGCGACAUAAGAUUUUA